UUCGUUCCACGAACUUCCAAUUAUGGUUGGUUAUCAAAAAUGGGGAAGAGGUGCCGAUGAAGAAAGUCGGAGACAAAUUGAUCCCCAAGACCGAAGACGAGUUUGAUGCCGAGGACAUCAAAAAGGUCGAGAUUUAUGCAAAGGCAAUAAACAUGCUUUAUUGUGCCGUAAAUCCUGAUGACUACCGCAAGAUCUCCUGCUGCUCAACCGCCAAGGAGAUGUGGGAUAAACUUGAGGUGACGUACGAAGGAACGGACCAAGUUCGGGGAGCAAAAAUUGACUUCCUAACGCAGGAGUACGAGAUGUUCAGGAUGAAACCAGGCGAGAAGAUCGACGACAUGUUCAAUCGCUUCUCGAAGAUCAUCAAUGAUCUUCACGCCCUAAAGAAGACGUAUGCCAACAAGGACCUCGUGAGGAAAAUCCUGCGGAGCCUCACCCCCGAAUGGAGAUCAAAGGCCGACGCCAUCUAUGAAUCCAUUGGAGUCUCCAACGUAACCAUCGACGGAUUAAGAGGGCUGCCCAUCCGCGGUGACGACAUCGCAACCUAUGGUGGCGACGAUUGGAUCCUCAACAACGAGGCGGUCGUCAUUCGUGAGCUUGGGAUCACCAACUUGAUCCGCCACAGCGGCGCACCGACGAUUCACUCGGCCCCACCGGACAAGCGCCUCCUCCUCUACAUCAUCACCCGGAUUCUCCGCCCCCGGGACAGCAGCCAUACCUCGCACUUCAACGAGGACUUGAAGGCGAUUCAUGCCAUCAUCCACGGCGCCUCCAUCAAUUGGGCGAAAUUCUCAAUCGAGCGGAUGGACUGGACGCUGCAACGCCAACACCACGACAUGACGGCGUUCUUCCGCGGCGUCAACUACGUCCCGCCGCCCUUUGACAGCACCUUCCUUGGCCAAAACUAUGAAGGUGAGGACGAGGAGGAUAACUCCUAUGCUCCAUCCUCCUCCCCCGACGAGGCCGACUUUGAAGAUGCGGUCGACGGCGAUCCCAUGGACGUCGAGGACGACGUGGAUGACGACGAGGAUGCCGAUGCUUAGACUUUUUUUUUCUCUUCUUACUAUGAUUGUAUUUUUUAUUCCGUUGUAUUCCGCAUUUCCCUUUUUCAUGAAUAAAAGUUUACUUUUACAAUUCUAAAGUUUACUUUUAAAUCUUUUUGUUAAUGUCAAAAGGGGGAAGAUACUAAGGUUAUGCAUAAAUUAAGGGGGAAUUU